UAAAUCAAUCAGCUGUUUCAUAGAUGUUAAGUUAUCGAUCAAUACUUGCCAUUUAAACUUGUGUUACUGUUUGGCUUAAACAUGAACAGAUGUUGUAUUGUUUUAAUCAGUGGUCUUCCUGCUUCGGGUAAAACAGUAUUCACCACAGAAUUGGUAAAUUACAUGCAGCUCAAUAAGAUUGAUAUUGAUCCGUUUUACAUUAAUUUUGAUAAAGUGAUUCCAUUGGAGGAUCAAAAACUUCUUGUGCAUCGUGAAGAUUCAUCUUGGAGGCAAUGUAGAAAAGAUUUCGUCUCGUCUUGUCACAAUUUUCUUGAACUUAUGUUGAAAUCACAAAGCUGCUCCAAGGAACAAUCAGAACCUUCAACUCAAGGAAAAUAUUUGAAUUCCAUCCUCGACCAAUUAUCUCUGGAUAAAUGUUCCAUCCAGAAUUACUGUCUAAACAACUCUCGUUUUUGUUUAAUCGUCGAAGACAACUUUUAUUACAAAUCAAUGCGAGAAGAAUUUUUUCGCUUAGCCAAACAAUUUAAUAUUGGAUUCGCCCUCAUCUCUUUCAAUAUUGCAAUUGACAUUUGUAUACAAAGGAAUACUCAAAGACCAAAUUCAGUUAACGAUGAAAUUAUUCAGAGAAUGGCUCAAUUAUAUGAGAAACCGAAAGCAGAUGAAUUUGGAAUCAGCUAUGAGAAUAAAGUACAAUUGAUGGAGAUUAAUUUUGAUAAUAUUAAUCACUACGAUGACCAAUUUAUAAAAGCUUUACAAAUCAUUAACAAAGCUAUAGACAAUCCAAUAGAAAGUCAUCCAGAUGAGUCUUGUAAUAAACUGUACCGAGAUAUCAGUAGAAAGAUCACAGCUAGUAACUCUUCUCAUAGAUUCGAUAACGUUUUACGUCAAUGUGCUAGCAAAAUAAUGACCAAUAAUCUGAUAAAAGUUAACGGCAAGGAAUUAUCUCUGAUCAGAAAAGAAUUGUUGAAAAAAUUUGGAAACAAUCAGCUAGAUCUUCCUGUUGAUAUCUCUGAAGAAACAUCGGAAGAGGUUUUGAUGCAGUUAUGUUUGGAUUUAAUUGAACGUGAGCUUGAAAAAAAGGCUAAUUAACGUAAAACAAAAUUCAGAAUCGUCUGAUCAGAGAUAAAUAUGAUCCAUGAUAUUGAAAUAUAAUUUAUCGUAGAAUCUAAAACUCGAUAUCCGUUGUUCGCUGAUUAAUUUCGUGUUUUCUAUCUUUAUAAUCUCACAGCAAUCAUCACCUGAUCGUUUUGAUGGUCUGAUAAUUGAGUGUCAUCACAUUUUCAGUUAACAUAAAGACGAAUGAUAAAUUUCAA